GCAUGUUUGCCAGCCAAUUAGACUGUACGCUGGCCUAUGACGUAUUUCCGGCGAACGCGCAGGCCACGCUCACGUCCUUGAUCAGCGCAGCAUUUGACGGACGCAAGACACUUUUUUGAACGGAAAAAUGGUGGCUUACUGGAGACAAGCAGGACUGAGUUACAUCAGGUACUCGGCUAUCUGCGCCAGGGUCGUGCGGGCAGCGCUGAAGCCACAGCUGAAAACUGAGGCGAUUAAAAACGCAGAAUCCAGUGUGAAGGUCACUAAAAUGAAGACUGUAUAAUGCUCUGUAACUACAUCCUUCAAUCCCCAAUUCUCCUCAUACGAUCUCUGUCGGAUUUACAAUACCUGCAGUUAUGAUUAUUGAAUUAUUUUGAUAAUAAAUUAUGUAGAGUCUCAAACUGAAA